CAGCAGUCCACAUCAAGUAUUCAGACACACUGACAGAUCUAUGAAGACUUCUGGAAGAUGAGAGUCCUCUCCCUCCUGCUGUUAUUCCUGUGGGAAGCCCAGAGCGGCUCAGCACCAAGGCCGAACAUCGUCCUGCUGAUGGCUGACGACCUCGGCAUCGGAGAUCCGGGGUGCUACGGCAACAAGACGCUCAGGACUCCCAAUAUUGACCGGUUGGCCAAUGAGGGAGCGAAACUCACUCAGCACCUGGCAGCAUCGCCCCUGUGCACACCGAGCAGGGCAGCCUUCAUGACCGGCCGGUACCCCGUGCGAUCAGGAAUGGCAUCUUGGUACCGAACUGGAGUCUUCAUCUUCACAGCCUCUUCUGGAGGACUUCCUACCAGUGAGAUUACGUUCGCCAGGCUUCUGAAGAAUCAAGGCUAUUCAACAGCGCUGAUAGGGAAGUGGCACCUCGGAAUGAACUGUCACAACAAGACUGAUUUUUGUCACCACCCAUUACGUCAUGGCUUUGAUUACUUCUACGGGCUGUCCAUGACCAACCUGAGAGACUGCAAGCCCGGGGAGGGCACCGUCUUCAGCACGGCCUUCAAGAAGCUGGUCUUCAUCCCCCUGCAGAUCCUUGGGAUCACCGUCCUCACCCUCGCCGUGCUCAACUGCCUGGGGCUGCUCCGCGUGCCUCACACCGUCUUCUUCUGCCUUCUCGUCCUGGCGGGCGUGAUCCUGGUCCUCUUCCUGUGCUUCCUUCACUACUUUCGUCCCCUGAACUGCUUCCUGAUGAGGAACUACGAGAUCACCCAGCAGCCCAUGUCCUACAACAACCUCACUCAAAGGCUGACGAUGGAAGCAACCUACUUCAUUCGGAGGAGCACUGAGAGGCCAUUCCUGCUUUUCUUGUCUUACCUCCACGUGCACACGGCCCUCUUCUCCAACCGGGACUUCGUGGGCAAAAGCCAGCACGGCGCGUAUGGGGACGCUGCGGAGGAGAUGGACUGGAGCGUGGGGGAGAUCUUGGGUCUUCUAGAUGAGCUGAGACUGACGAAAAAUACCCUUGUCUACUUCACGUCGGACCACGGAGCCCACAUAGAGGAAGUGAACAUCAAAGGAGAAGUUCACGGCGGAAGUAACGGGAUCUAUAAAGGAGGAAAAUCCAACAACUGGGAAGGAGGUAUUCGGGUUCCAGGGAUCUUUCGAUGGCCCGGCGUGAUACAGGCUGGUCAAGAGAUUGACGCGCCAACGAGCAACAUGGACAUCUUUCCUACGGUGGCCAGACUUGCCGGAUCACCGCUGCCUGAGGACAGGAUCAUUGACGGACGUGAUCUGAUGCCCCUGCUCCAAGGCAAAAGCCAACGCUCCGACCACGAGUUCCUCUUCCACUACUGCAACGCCUACUUAAACGCUGUGCGCUGGCACCCUCGCAACAGCACGUCCAUCUGGAAAGCCUUUUUCUUCACCCCCAAGUUCAACCCCGCGGGUUCCAACGGGUGCUUCUCCACGCACGUGUGCUUCUGUUUCGGGAAAUUCGUUACGCAGCACGACCCACCUCUGCUCUUCGACAUUUCCAAAGAUCCCAGCGAGAGAAAGCCACUCACCCCGGCCACCGAGCCCCGGUUCCAUGAGAUCCUCAAAGUCAUGCAGGCAGCUGUGGACGACCACACGGGGACCCUGUCGGAGGUCCCCAACCAGUUGUCACUGGGGAACCAGCUGUGGAAGCCCUGGCUGCAGCUCUGCUGUUCCUCCUCUGGCCUGACUUGCCAGUGCGACAGAGAGAAACACGAUACGAGAGUGAGCCGCUAGCUGUGUCGCGGGCCGGGCGCAUGCGCGUGGACAGGCGCGCCGUCUGCUUAGGGCCACGUCUGGGAGAGCGCUGGUCAAGCGAACCCCGUCCGCAGCAUGGGUUUGGACCGAUUCUCUGUUUUAUCACCUGAAGGCUUGAACAAGAGCUCUACAGUUACUCAGCUAGGGGGCUGCAGUGAGGAAUAAGUUCUACAGUGUGUAGGGAGGAAGAUGGUGGACUUGUGCCCUCCCUGCCCGGAGUCCCUGCACGCCUGGCAGUGGGAUAGAAGGGCGUGCACUUGAGCACCUCCAACACCAGUGCAGACAGGUAGCGGGAAGGUGCAGAAGGUAACCUUCACUCCCCCUCCGCAGACACGCAUGUUCAGUGGUGUAAGGUAUCAUUCGCUCCAUGAUCUGAAGUUACACAGUAACCACCAAGGCUCCCCAGCGGCAUGAUAUAGAAGAUAGCCAAGUUUAAGCUAAGUUGAGUAAAUCUUGACAUAUACAACUUUCUAGUGAAUCAAGAGCCAUCUUCUUUACCAAGAAUAGAUCAUGGUAAAUUCUGAUUGGAUUAUUGGAAGACUAGUCAUCAUUAUUGGUAUUAGAACAAAUAUUAAAUGCUAUUUACCAUAUAUAUAGAUGUACACAUAUGUACUUUUAUUUAUAUAUAUGUAUAUACACACACAUACAUGCACAUACACACACACACACACACACAAUUUUUCUUUCUCCAAGAAGGUGAAGAUAUUUAAAAUAGGGACAUAGAGGCUUAUCAGUAAUUAAGUAAAAAAAAGAAAAAGUAGAGGCUCACAAAUAGAUUUUUUUUGCACAAUGAUUUUUUGUGAAAUCCUCCAUUAACAAUAAUCCCAAGACAAAUCUCUCCUGGACUGAUUACCGUUCUAUAACUUGUACUAUUAUAGUUGGGUUCCACUGUUUUUUCGGUAAAUGGAAGUUCUGCAUUGAAAGGCCACUUCGGGGAUGCUACUGUGGAGGAAAUCUCUUCCGGCGUAAUUCAGAAUCACUGGCUUGGAAUGUGUGUGAUAUUUCGUGAGGAACAAAAGCCCCCCACAAGCAGUCUGUGAUCUAUACACACAAGCACGAUUAUCUUCACUUCUAGGCACAUGUUUGUGGCGGCAGUGCAGUAGUGAGGACAAAUUCUUUUGUUUUAUGUAGUUUUAUCUCAUGGCUGAGAAAUAUCUGUGCCCUCCAUCCACAGGGAGAUGCACAGUUUUAUUUUAAUUCCAUUUCCCGCAAACCCCAGUUGAUGAGGGAAAAUGCAUACUGGUCACAUAGGGGAGUAGCUGAUCGUGAUACAGCCGGGGGUGGUUCUGAACCACCGGCCCAUCCCGAGCAGAGACCCUUCCCCUGUGGAAUGUGAGGUGCGGCCGCUUCUUCAGACACAAGACAUUCCCCAACGAUACGACUGAAUUCUUGUAUCAGGAGAUGACACGCCCACCUGCUCACCCAUUCACCCCUUUUGUAGCCUUGUCCACAAAAGCACGUCCUGUUGACUCUGCGUUAGCUCAGUCCCAAGCCAGUGCAGGGGGAUGAAAUGCCUGGACCCCGUGUGGUGGCUUGGAGAGGACGCAGGUGUGUCCUGGGCUCUCUGCAAGUUGCUGGCGUUUCCUCUCUGCUACCCUCAGCCUCAGGGAAUGGCCCGGAUUCAACAGUGUUUCCCCAGCUCCUCCUAAAGUUCUAUUUCAGACUUUAAUUUUUUGCUUUUUCUUUCCUGAAAAACAAACAACAACAAAAAAGAAGUGAUCCCCACCUCCACCCCAACCCUGGAAUAGUAGAAAGCUGGAGUGGUAGAUAGGAGUGUUCCGUUUAACGUGGAUCUCUCAUUCUAGAAACUGAGGAAAUCUGUCAUCUUUUUUUAGAAAACAUUCUCGUUAAAGAGUGUGCUCGCAUAUUGAUGAUGUUAGGAUUGUUGCUGAUAUUAUCAUGCAAAAACUAGUUGAAGGCACUAUUAUGAAUUUAUGCUUAAAGGUGACAAUGUUUACUCAAAGAUUAGCAUAUUCAAUGUAAGUGGACUUUCAGAAAAUACUUGAUGAUGCGGGAGGGCAUAUUGGAGGAUUAAAUAACUUGAAGAGCCUUUGUAGAUUAUAUGAACACCUGUUUGUGUGGAGAAUUAGCUGUCUAAUCUGUAAAAUGUUGGCAAAUGAAGGACGCAGUUUACCUCUAGAUGCAAAUGUAUUGAGCUUUAAAGUGCCUCCAAAUAACUGAGAUCACCAUUGUAUUCUAGGGCAUUUGAAAAUCAGGUUUGUUUCUAAUGACCAUGGUUAUUUUAGACUUCAAACCAUUUACCAUCUGAAACUUUUGCCUUGAAUGUCUAAGAGGAAAUUGGAAUUCUUUUGUCCAGGAGAAACCCAACAAACCUUCUUCCAAGGCACAGCUGUCUGCUGCUUGGUGGGUGUUUUACGGAGCUGGGAGGCACGGCUACUUGUUUUCAAAGCAUCUAUUGAUAGUACCUCUGGAGUCUGUGUCAAGACCUUAGUGGGUUUUGAAGUUUUAAACAUUUUUUUUUAAAUCCUUGUAUUCUUAGCAUUACAUAGAUGUUAAAAGUUAAGCAGUUUAGUAACGUAUACAUAGGCAUCAUUUUACAAAUUCGGCAGGAACUGCAGGACAAGCAAAAUUACAAUCCACGUAUCUAUAGGACUCAAGAUUCAAGAAUGAAAGCUGACUUUUCAGAUUUCCCCUAAGGACAUACAGUGAAAAGUGGAGCAAAACAAAACAAAAGUGUUUGUCACAUGUCUGGAAAAUGCUGUCUUCUAAAUGAUUACAUGGAGUGAAAAGUUUCCUUAGAAUGUGUUCAUGCAAAGUUAAAAUAAAAUUUUUCUUGGCAAUUAAAAAUGCUGUGUGCUAUAAUGCUGUGUACCUUUGUAACAUGAUUCAA